GGGGUGUUUUUCCGGCCGACUGUAUCUAGCUUGACGUAUCGCCCUGGACCUCAGCAUCCAGCUGCAUCCUACACAGGUUCAGUACUUCUUUGUUAUAGUGGUGGUGGAGUGAGCUUGUCAUCAUGGGGGAACUGUUCAGGAGUGAGGAGAUGACACUGGCCCAGCUCUUCCUCCAAUCAGAGGCAGCCUACUGCUGCGUCAGUGAGCUGGGAGAACUGGGCAUGGUCCAGUUCAGAGAUCUGAAUCCUGAUGUCAACGUGUUCCAGCGCAAGUUUGUGAAUGAAGUGAGGAGAUGUGAGGAGAUGGACAGGAAACUGAGGUUUGUGGAGAAAGAGAUCAAGAAAGCUGCAAUCCCAACUGUGGACACUGGAGAGAAUCCAGAGGUUCCCUUUCCCAGGGACAUGAUCGACCUGGAGGCCACCUUUGAGAAGCUUGAGAACGAACUGAAGGAAAUCAACACCAACCAGGAGGCCCUGAAGAAGAACUUCCUGGAGCUGACAGAGCUCAAACACAUCCUCCGCCGAACACAGCAGUUCUUUGAUGAGAUGGAGGAUCCCAACCUGCUGGAGGAGUCUUCCUCUCUGAUGGAGGGCAAUGAGGGGGGUCGAGGGGCCCCACUUAGACUUGGGUUUGUGGCCGGAGUGAUCAGCAGGGAGAGGAUUCCAACCUUUGAGAGGAUGCUGUGGAGGGUAUGCCGGGGAAACGUCUUCUUAAGGAAGGCAGAGAUUGAGGAUCCUCUGGAGGACCCCGCCACGGGAGACCAAGUCGUCAAAUCAGUGUUCAUUAUCUUCUUCCAAGGCGACCAGCUGAAGAACAGGGUGAAGAAGAUCUGUGAGGGGUUCCGUGCCUCUCUCUACCCGUGUCCAGAGACCUCACAGGAAAGGAAGGAGAUGCUGGCCGGAGUCAACAGCCGCAUCGACGACCUCCAGAUGGUGCUGAACCAAACAGAGGACCACCGUCAGCGAGUGCUGCAGGCCGCCUCCAAGACCAUGCGGGUGUGGUUCAUCAAGGUGAGGAAGAUGAAGGCCAUCUACCACACGCUCAACCUGUGCAACAUUGACGUCACCCAGAAGUGUCUGAUUGCUGAGGUGUGGUGUCCCGUCUCGGACCUGGACUCCAUCCAGUUCGCUCUCCGCAGAGGGACGGAGAGGAGUGGCUCCACAGUGCCGUCCAUUCUCAACAGGAUGCAGACCAAGCAAACCCCGCCCACCUUCAACAAGACCAACAAGUUCACGUCAGGCUUCCAGAACAUCGUGGACGCCUACGGCAUCGGGAACUACCGGGAAAUCAAUCCAGCUCCAUACACCAUCAUCACCUUCCCCUUCCUGUUUGCUGUGAUGUUUGGGGACAUGGGUCAUGGCACACUGAUGACCUGUGCUGCCCUCUACCUGGUGAUCAGAGAGAGUCGCCUCGUCGCCCAGAAGAGUGACAACGAGAUAUUCAACAUGGUGUUUGCUGGUCGCUACAUCAUCCUGCUGAUGGGGCUCUUCUCCAUGUACACUGGUAUCAUUUACAACGACUGCUUCUCCAAGUCACUCAACAUGUUUGGCUCUGGAUGGAGCGUCAGGCCAAUGUUUAGCACUAAAGGAGCCAACUGGACGUUUGAGACACUCGAUGGAAAUCGGGUGCUGCAGUUGGACCCGGCUGUUCCUGGUGUGUUCAACGGGCCUUACCCACUCGGAAUUGACCCGAUCUGGAACCUUGCCACCAACAAGCUGACCUUCCUCAACUCCUUCAAGAUGAAGAUGUCUGUGAUCGUGGGCGUCACCCACAUGCUGUUUGGAGUGUCUCUCAGUCUCUUCAACCACCUGUACUUCAAGAAGCCUCUGAACAUCUUCCUGGGCUUCAUCCCUGAGAUCGUCUUCAUGGCCAGCCUGUUCGGAUACCUCGCCCUGCUGGUGUUCUACAAGUGGACAGCCUACGAUGCCUUCACCUCCAAGGACGCGCCCAGCCUGCUCAUCCACUUCAUCAACAUGUGUCUCUUCAACUACAAUGACCCCACUAACAAACCCCUCUACAGGGGGCAGGUACUCCCCCCUCAUCCUCCCCUCUGCCUUUCCCAGUUUCAUGACCUUCCCUAACUAAUGUGGUGGCAC